AUAAUAAAAACAGUUAAUCUUAUUCUAUGUAUAACACACGAAAAAUUCAGAGAUAAGCCCUUGACCCUGACCCCGACUGCCCAUUCAUCAACACGGCCCUGUCCAAUCUGCGUUUCUUAGGACUAAUCUGAGGUAUUUAAUCUGAGGCAGUGAUCUUUUUUUUUUCUUGCCCACUAUCACUUGUUUUGGCGGAUCUCAUAUCACUGUGCAAAGUAGCUUAAUCACUCGCCAGCGGUGGUGCGGAUUAAGGCGUAACAGUGUGUGGUUAAAACGCGUGGGAUCAUGUACGAUCAGCAAUGAAAAAGUGGCAGCAAAUUUCACUGAUACUGUGCAUCUUUGGCUCCCUGAAUGAAUUCCGUCCGAGUGAACCAUUCGUGUUGCAGUUUUUGACUGGACCGCCGCACAACGUCACCGUCGAACAGGUGGUCCAGGAUGUGUUCCCCAUUACCACGUACUCGCACGUGGCACAGCUGGUGGUAGCUUUCCUGAUUACGGACUACUUCCGGUACAAACCGCUGAUCAUUGUGUCCACGCUGGCUGGCACCCUGGUGUGGAGUAUGUACGUGUGGGCCAGAUCGCUGUUGGCGUUGCAGAUGGUGCAAGUUUUCUCCGGUACAAUCUUCGCCACUGAAAUCGCCUACUGGACGUACAUCUAUGCGAAGGUGGACAGGAAGCACUAUCAGAAGGUUACGUCCUAUAUCCGGUCGGCUACGCAGGCUAGUAGAUUUUUGGCAGGAAUGACGUCGCAAACUGUAAUCUACUAUGAAAUGACGGAUUACCUUGGCUUGAACUAUAUUUCGUUGGGCGUGCAACUCGCUACUACGGUUUGUGCGUUUCUGCUACCACCCGUUCCCGAGAGUAUGUAUUUCCAUCGACACCAAAAAGCUACAGAAGAAGAAUCGGAACUGAAUCCGAUUCCGAAGACUACUCCUAGUUCAACGUGUAGUCGUGCAAGUAGCCUUCUCUGGUCUCACUUCAAAACUGCCUACACCAAUUUCACCAUCAUUCGGUACAGUCUUUGGUACUCGCUUUCAGUUUGUUUGUACUAUCAAAUGACUUCGUACGUGCAGGCCCAGUGGUCUACCAUCGGAGGUCCGGACGCCGUACUGUGGAACGGAGCCGUGGAAGCAACUCGCACUUUGAUGGGUUCUUUAGUAGCACUGUUAGCUGGAUUCGUGCCACCGUAUUGGCUUCAAGUGAACACAACCUUAAUAGGUUUGGCAACGAUCGCUACGUUGGAAGGUUUCGCGUUGCUAGUGGCAACCAUUACAUCGAGUCUCAUGGUUUCCUACGUCGGAUAUAUCGUUAUCGGGUUUCUGCAUAUCUUCGCGAUCACGCUGGUGAGUGCGGAGAUUGCGAAGCACAUUUCCGAUGAUAGUUUUGCGUUGAUCUUCGGUGUCAACACGUUUAUGGGACUGGUUUCGCAGACUCUGUUGACUGUCUCCGUGGUCGAUAGUGACGGCUGGUUUGCGCUGGAUGUUCGAGGACAGUUUAUGGUGUAUAGCUUCGGUUAUCUUGCGGUUGGAGUGUUGUUCGUAGUGUUUUUAUUGGUUGAGCUGUGCCGACGGAAACGGGUACAAGUUACAGAGAGAAAUGCAACAAAAUAA